AUGUUAAAAUAUAGAUUAUCAAUAUUAUUAUCUAUUUUAUUUGUAUUGUUCAUAAAUCAUUCUACAUUGGUAGAGAGUCAGGCUAGUUCAUUUUAUAUAAAGCUAUUGAAUCAAGAUAAUUAUAAAGAGACGAUCAACGAUGCAAAAACAAAUAAUCAAGCAGUGUUACUAGAGUUAUAUUGGAAUUACGAUACUUUUGAAUUCUAUCAUUAUUUACAACAGAAAAUUAAACCUUUUCCCAAUAUAAUCAUAAGAGGAAUCGAUUGUAAUGAAAAUGAAGCACUAUGUAAACAGAUAUUACAAUCAGCAGCCGAUCAACAACAACAACAACAACAACAACAACAAUUAACAGAUAUUUUAGAUAAUAUUUCAAAAUCAAAUAACAAACAUAUGGAACAAGUUCUAAUUCAUAAUAACAAUAACAAUAAGAAUAUUGAUGAAUAUAUUAUAGUAACAUCAAAAGAUAUAAGAGAAAUAUGUAAGAUUGUAGGUACACCUAUUACUAUUGUUGAAUUAUCGGGUGAUAAUGUGUUAGAUAUUCUUUAUAAUAAAGAGAAUAAGAGUGUUCUCGUGCAAUAUUAUUAUGGAUUCAGUGGACACGAUAAAGCACUUUACGUUCCAAGAUUCGAAGCACUGUCGAGUAUCUUUGCAAACGAAGCAAACUUUAUGAUUGCAAGAGUACAAUGCUAUGAGAACACUGUUAAUUGUAUGGAUCAUGGUGGAAUGGAGAGUAGAUCGAUGGCAAUUCUCUUCUCUGGGAAACGUCAACAAGCCAUCAUAUAUCAAGGUGAUUUAGAUGUCAAAGAGCUAAGUGAAUUCAUUCAAGAUGAAAUCAAUGGAAAUGAAUUUAAACCAAAUUAUUCUAAAAAAAGAUCAUCAUAG